AUGCUGCCAAAGACAUUGACACGCCUUCUUCCUGUGAAGUUGCCAAAGGAGAUGAACAUGCAGCGAAGGCAAGAAAGGCACUUGCUGGUUCUUGAAUUUAACUUGCAUCUGGAGGACAAAGCAGAGCCCAAAGCAGUACUUUGUUCUCCUUUUGAUUCCUCCUAUUAUCCUAAGAAGACAGCUACAGAGGACAUGGCUGAUAAGAGACUAAAGGAGAAAAGGAAAACAUUUAUUAUCUCAGUGUCUGAGGAUACGCUUUACACUUUGCUGAAUGACCUACUAAGUGAAGAGGUAGUGAACGAAGAGGAGGCUGAAAAUGUGAAAAAGAAAAAUGCUACAACUAAAGACAAAGCCCGUGAUUUGAUCGAUGCAGUCAUUCCAAAAGGGUCCUGUGCCAGCCAAAAACUUAUUGACUAUAUCUGCAAGAGAGAUUCCAGCCUUGCUUAUAAAUUAGGAUUUUCUUCAGAAGCUAUUGAUGGCAGACCAGAGCCAGUAUCUGAAGAAUCCAGAGGCUUACUCAAGCUUUGUCCUCAUCAAAAAUUCCUGGAACUAUGCACAAAGGAGGCUGGAAGGGCCAUGAAGAGAGUCCUAAGAGAUUUUGCUGCCCGCCUAGAGCACAAGUCCUCAGACAGCACGUUCCUGGUGUUCAUGUCCCACGGCAUCUUUGAUGCGAUCUGUGGGACCACACAUGGUGCUGAAACACAAGAUGUGUUGCCUUAUGAUUCCAUCUUCCAGAUUUUCAACAACCAGAACUGUUCCCAUUUGAAGGACAAACCCAAGGUCAUCAUCAUCCAGGCCUGUAGAGGGGGAAACACUGGAGAGGUUUGGGUCAGCGAUUCUCCAGCAGGCUCAGUGGACAGCUCUUCACAGCUUUCUGAGAACCAGAUGCAUGAUGGUGUCCACAAGGCCCAUGUGGAGAAGGACUUUGUUGCUUUCUGCUCUUCAACACCACGUAUGCAUUUCGUUGGAUGUAUGUGUUGCAUGGAUGGGUUAGGAUGUGUGAGAAGGAGGCCUGUCUGCCUACAUGGCCAAAAACCUUUACAAGGGAAUGGGAAAGGAAUGGAGAUCCCAUCCACGUUUCUGUAG